AUGGCGAGCACGCAGGCGAAAAAUCCCUGCACGCACCCGGUGGACCUGCUCAAGGGCUCGGCUUCGGGCCUCGCCGCACCGCAGCUCGGCCUGUGGAAGACCACCGUCUCCGUCUUCAAGGAAGGCGGCAUGGUCGCUCUCUACCAGGGGCUGAGCGCAUCGCUGCUGCGGCAGGCCACCUACACGACCACGCGCUUCGGGUGCUACAUGUACCUGCGCGACCUGCUCGCCGACAGCCAGGGCAAUCUCCCCUUCUACCAGAAGGCACGCAGCACCGACUUUGUGUUGGCGUCCAUGCUCGCUGGUGCCGGCGGUGCGGUCGUGGGCACUCCUGCUGACGUCACUCUGGUGCGGAUGCAAGCCGACGGGCGACUGCCGCCGGAGAAGCAGAGGCGAUACAAGCACGCCGUCGACGGUCUGAUCCGUAUCGUGAGGGAGGAGGGCUUUUUCACGAUGUGGAAGGGCUGCCUGCCCAACGUUUACAGGGCGAUGUUCAUGACGGCGGGCCAGCUGGCGUCGUACGACCAGGCCAAGAUGCUGCUUCUCGCCACCAAUAUUUUCAAGGACGACCCCGUCACCCAUUUUACCGCGAGUACGAUUGCGGGUCUCAUUGCGGCCGUGAUCACGUCUCCGCUCGAUGUGGUCAAGUCGCGAGUCAUGAACGCUGAGAAGGGCUACUACAAGGGGUCCAUUGACUGCACGCUCAGGACUCUCCGGGCGGAGGGACCCUUGGCCUUCUAUCGUGGAUUCCUGCCCUACGCUAUCCGCCUUACGCCGCACACGAUUAUCACCUUCCUCGCCUUUGAGCAGUUCAACAAGGCCUGCAUCUGGUUGCUGAAGAAAGCAGGCAAGCUGCCCACCGAUGUGGCUGCCUAA